AAACCUCUCUCUCUCUUUCCUCGUGCCAAUCUUCCUCUUCUCUCUCUUCUCCCCCACGCCCUCCAAACCCAUCCCCCUUCUACCUCCAACCAGCACGUUGUUUCACUCACUCAACAUCAUCAUCUUUCUCUUCACCUAUUCUUUCUCCCUCAUCAAACUUGGAGAAAAAUGAAUCAAAGCACCCAUCUCCUCUCUCCUCCCAACCCCCUCAAAACCACCACCCCUCAUCUCCUCUUGAGUCUGAAGACGCUAUGUCCGCUCUCUCUUCUCGUUCUCGAUCCCGUUCCCGUUCCGAAGACGUCUCGGUGUGCCAAUCGGCUCGAGUACGUAAUGAAGAAGAGCAAAAGCCGAAGAAGACACUGAAGCCAAAGUUUGUCGAGCCUCAGUUCGUUUGGGCCACGAACCUUAGGGCUUCGGUCCAGACUCUGAAAUAUCUCAGCGACAAUGACAUUAGGUGGGUCGGCGGCGAAGUCAAGUGCAAGCAUUGCGAUAAAGUGGACUACCUAGAAAUUGAGAUCCAGGGGAAAUACUUGGAGUUGAUGCACUUUGUCCAGUCGAAUCUCCCGGAUAUGCGGGAUCGAGCACCGAAGGAUUGGACGACCCCGAAGCUCUUCAAGUGCCGGCUUUGCGGCCAGGACGAGGCCGCUAAGCCGGUUGUUAGUGACAAGAAAAAGAUGAUUAAUUGGCUGUUUUUGCUGCUAACUCAAUCCUUAGGGCACUUGACUUUGGAACAGCUUAAGUACUUUUGCAAGCACAAUAAAAAGCACAGGACUGGGGCCAAAGAUCGUGUUUUGUACUUGACCUAUCUUGGUUUGCUCAAGCAGCUUGAUCCAACAAACUUCAAUGAUCGUAUCUAAGAGGGUGCUUGCUGACAACGAUGAGAUAGAAGCGGAGAUUGGACGCUUACAACGAUGAGAUGGAAGAGGAGAUUGAACUUGCAUAGGAGAGAAAAGUUUAGAUAACUUCAGAAGUACUUCAAAAGAGCAGAGAGACUGAAGAGAAAGAAAAUUUCAGGUAAAACUUCAGAAGAACUCAUAUUGAGAAUAUGAGAACUUCAAAAAAACUUGCAUUACA